GGUCGUAUCACAUGUCCGCCUGGCAAAGUAUGUAUCAACGAAGAAUGUGUAGAUCCACCCUCAUGUGCCGAUCAUGGGCAGCGGUGUGAUAAGAAAGGAUGCUGUGAUGAGUUACAUUGCCAUUGGCGACCAUCAUUCGGUACUGCUGCUCCUCCCGUCUGCGUGGAAAAUGCCUUUAUUGGAGAAGACUGUUCCAGCGGUAUUCCAUGUGAAGGUACGUCGCAAUGCAUUGGUGGGCGAUGCUCGCUCAAAAGAGGAUCCAACUGUGAUUUUGAUGGCGCCAUAUGUCCCCACGGAAUGAGUUGUCAAGAUAUC